AUGGCUUCAACAGACUCCGUUCCCCAAGCCAUGGAGGCUUUGACUAUUUCCAAGACCAAGGAGCUUAAGGGCACUGAGAAGCGUGACUCCUUGAUCGCUAUCGAAAAGAAGUACCAGCAGAAGUGGCAGGAGGAUGGCGUCUUCCAGCCCGAUGCUCCCUCGACAACCGAGAUCCCCCUCCACUCCAUCUCCGCCGCCGAAGUCCGAGAAAAACACCCCAAGUUCUUUGGAUGCAUGGCAUACCCCUACAUGAACGGCACCCUGCACGCCGGCCACUCGUUCUCCGUGAGCAAAGUCGAGUUCGCCGCUGGUGUCGCGCGGAUGCAGGGCAAGCGGGCCCUGUUUCCCAUGGGCUUCCACUGCACCGGUAUGCCCAUCAAGGCCUGCGCUGACAAGCUGGUCAACGAGAUCAAGAUGUUUGGCCAGAACUUUGAGGGAUACAACCCGGACGAGGAGGUUGCCGAGGAGAAGCCCGCUGUGAAGCAGACCAAGGAGGACCCCACCAAGUUCACCGCGAAGAAGGGUAAAGCUGCUGCCAAGACCGUCAAGAUGAAGUACCAGUUCCAGAUCAUGCAGGCCAUUGGAAUCCCGACCGAGGAAAUCCACCAAUUCGCCGAUUCCCAGCACUGGCUGAAGUACUUCCCUCCCCUGGCCAAGCGCGAUCUGACCAACUUUGGCUGCCGUAUCGAUUGGCGGCGAUCUUUCGUCACCACCGACGCCAACCCUUACUACGAUGCCUUCGUUCGAUGGCAGAUGAACCGCCUCAAGGAGCUGCAGAAGAUCAAGUUUGGCAAGCGAUACACCAUCUACUCGAUCAAGGAUGGCCAGCCUUGUAUGGACCACGACCGAGCUGAGGGCGAGGCCGUCAUGCCCCAAGAGUACACUGCCCUGAAGCUCAAGGUUCUCGAGUGGGCUCCCAAGGCGGCUGAGGCCGUCCAGGGCAAGACCCCCGAGGGCUCCAACUUCUUCCUCGUCCCCGCGACCCUGCGACCCGAGACCAUGUACGGACAGACGUGCUGUUUCGUUGGCCCCAAGAUCACCUAUGGUGUCUUCAAGGUGAACGACACCGACUACUACGUCAUCACUGACCGAGCUGCCCGCAACAUGGCUUACCAGGGCGUCUUCGCUACCGAGGGUGUCAUUGAGAAGGUUGCUGAGAUUGCCGGUACCGACAUUGUGGGCACCCUGAUCAACGCUCCCCUGUCUCUGCACACAGAGGGCGUGCGUGUCUUGCCCAUGGAGACCGUGCUGCCCACCAAGGGUACUGGCGUCGUUACUUCUGUACCCUCCGACAGCCCUGAUGAUUACGCAACUAUCACCGAUCUCGCCAAGAAGGCUGACUAUUACGGCAUCAAGAAGGAGUGGGCCGAGCUGGAGAUUUUCCCCAUUAUCCAGACUCCCUCGUAUGGCGACCUGUGCGCGCCGUUUCUGGUCAAGAAGCUCAAGAUCGCUUCUCCCAAGGACACCAAGCAGCUGGAGGAGGCCAAGGAGCUGGCUUACAAGGAAGGUUUCUACCAGGGUGUCUUGAAGGUCGGCGAAUUUAAGGGCGAGAAGGUCGAAGUUGCCAAGCCCAAGGUCCGACAGCAGAUGAUUGAUGCUGGGGACGCCUUUGCCUACUCGGAGCCCGAGCGCAAGGUUGUCAGCCGAUCUGGCGAUGACUGCAUCGUGUCCCUCAUGGACCAGUGGUACCUGGACUACGGUGAGGAGUCAUGGAAGCAGACUGCCCUGAAGUGGGUCGAGAACGCCGACGGAAAGGGUCUGGAGACCUACACCCCGGAGACCAAAAACGGCUUUGAGAGUGUCCUGAACUGGCUGAACCAGUGGGCUUGCGCUCGCAGCUUUGGUCUCGGUUCCAGACUGCCUUGGGACCCCCAGUUCCUGGUUGAGAGUCUGAGUGACUCAACCAUCUAUAUGGCCUACUACACGGUCGCCCAUUACCUCCACAAGGACUUAUUCGGCCGCACCAAGGGUGUUGGUAACAUUGGCCCUGAGCAGAUGACCGACGACGUGUGGGACUACAUUUUCUGCCGCCGCGACCUGAGCGACGACAUCAUCAAUGACUGCAAGAUCCCCAAGGAGACCUUGGAGAGCAUGCGACGUGAGUUCGAGUACUUCUAUCCCCUCGAUGUGCGAGUUUCCGGAAAGGACUUGAUCCCCAACCACUUGACGUUCUUCCUGUACGUCCACUUGGCCGUUUUCCCUCCGGAGUAUUGGCCCCGUAGCAUCCGAGCCAACGGCCACCUGAUGUUGAACGGCGAGAAGAUGAGCAAGAGUACCGGAAACUUCAUGACCCUGAACGACUUGACGUCCAAAUACGGUGCUGAUGCGUCCCGAAUCGCCCUGGCCGAUUCCGGCGAUGGUGUCAACGACGCCAACUUCGAGGAGGACGUUGCUGACAACAACAUCCUACGUCUGUUCAACCUGCGCGAGUGGUGCGAGGAGAUGGUGCGCGACCAGGACCAGCUUCGGGCUGGGGAGGCCAACCCGUUCCAGGACGCCCUUUUCAACAACGAGAUGAACGAGCAUGCUCAUGAGGCUAUCCAACAGUACGCCAACACCAACUACAAGCUGGCCCUCAAGGCUGGUCUGUAUGAGCUGACUAGCGCCCGUGACUUCUACCGCGAGGCCUGUGCUGCUGCCAACAUUAAGAUGCACAAGGACCUCGUCCUCCGCUACAUUGAGCUGCAGGCCCUGUUGCUGGCCGUCGUUGCUCCUCACUGGUCUGAGCACAUCUGGCUGGAGGUCCUGAAGAGGGAGGGCACUAUUCACAAUGCCCGGUUCCCGGAAAUCGGUCCCAUCGACGCUGGCCUUUCCGCCAAGCGAGAUUACGUCCGCAAUACUGCUUCUAACGUCAACUCGGCCGAAGGCCAGCAGCUGAAGAAGAAGGCCAAGGGCAAGGAGACGUCAUUCGACCCCAAGAAGCCCAAGAAGUUGACCAUCUUCAUGACGGACAAGUUCCCCGCAUGGCAGGCCAAGUAUAUUGACCUGCUCAAGGAGAUGUGGGACCCUGCGACCAACUCGGUCAACGAUAAGGAGCUGAAUGGCAAGAUUGGCAAGAUGGGGGAGAUGAAGAAGGCAAUGCCUUUCGUUCAAGGCCUAAAGAGACGCCUGCAGUCCGGCGAGCCCGCCAGCGUGGUCCUGGAGCAGAAGCUCGCUUUCGAUGAGAGGGAGACUCUCCUCCAGAUGGUGCCUGGUCUGACACGAACCGGCGGCCUGGUGGCUUGCGACACUCUGGCUGUCGAAGAGGGCGGCAAGAAGGCUGUGAACCUCGUGGAUGGCAAGGAAGUUGAGGUUUCGGCACCCAAUGCCGGCAACGCUGUGCCUGGUCAGCCCAAUUUCUUCUUUGAGAACGUGGAAGUUUAA